GCGACCGCGUGAGAGACCCCUCGAUAGCCAGCGGCAUUGCGGCGCGCGAGCACACCGAACCAAGAACAACCCACCUCGGCGGCGGCGGCGGCGGCGGUGUUUGUGCCUGCAAAGGGAGAAUCUGAGGAGAGGGGCAACUCGGAAGAGAGUGAGAUGCCUCGGCCGGAGUUCCAGGCGCCGCCGGAUGUGUUCUACAACGAGUCGGAGGCCCGCAAGUACACCACCUCCUCUCGUAUCAUCGAAAUCCAGUCUAGGAUUUCCGAGAGGGCGCUGGAGCUGCUUGCUCUCCCCAACGAUGGCGUCCCCAAGAUGCUUCUCGACAUAGGAUGUGGUUCUGGACUUAGUGGUGAGACAUUGACGGAGCAUGGCCACCACUGGAUUGGCUAUGAUAUUUCAAAGUCGAUGCUCGAUGUUGCCUUGGAGCGUGAAACAGAAGGCGACCUACUACUUGCAGAUAUGGGACAGGGCUUGGGCUUGCGGCCAGGAGUUAUUGAUGGUGCAAUUAGUAUUUCAGCAGUUCAGUGGUUAUGCAAUGCUGACAAGUCUUCUCAUGAUCCAAGAUUGCGGUUAAAGGCUUUCUUCGGUUCGUUAUAUAGAUGCCUAGCAAGGGGCGCAAGAGCUGUUCUACAGUUUUAUGCUGAUAAUGUGAAGCAGAGUGAAAUGAUUGUGACUGCUGCCAUGCGUGCUGGUUUUGCUGGUGGAGUUGUGGUUGACUGGCCUCAUAGUUCCAAAGCAAAGAAGUCCUACCUUGUCCUCACUUGUGGACCACCUUCGGUUAAUACAUCACUUCCAAAGGGUAAAGGUGAAAAUGGUGAGAUGUGCAGCGAUGAUGAUGAUAAUGAGAGCAGUGAUGAAGAUGGUGACAGAACAGUGGGCAUAUAUGAAAGGAAUAGGCCGAAGAAGCGUCAGAAGACGAAAAAGAACGGUAAAGGCAAGGAUUGGCUCUUGAAGAAAAAGGAGCAAAUGAGAAGAAGAGGACAUGACGUGCCCGCGGACACGAAGUACACCGGGCGUAAGCGGAAGAGCUAUUUCUAGCUCUGUGCAAUGCCAAUCUCUUGCCAUGCCUGUUAUGCUGGUUGUUUAGUUGUACUGAUAGUUCAUUUAGCAGAAGCAAAAGAUUUUGUAAGAGUGAAACGGUAGUACUGCCAUUUUGAAGUAGUGUUGAUGUCUUGCAAUUUUGACAACGCUAUGAAACGGUCAUUUUUGCAGAACGUGUGUUACAGAUGUUGGGAUGAAUAUAGUUGGUUGUUUGCGUGAAUU